GCAAGCUGCGCUAGCGCUGCUAUAUCUUAGCUAGCUUCCGAGACGCAGGAUCGCGGACGGCGUGACAAGAACGGUGAAUAAAGCACGAGAAAAGUUGAAUGUAUUGAAUUUGCCUGGAAUCUGGUCAAGGACUAUCUUUUAUCAAUAUGGCAUCUACUCUCGAGAGCUACGUUAAUCACACUGUCUCAGUAAUAACCAACGAUGGGAGACAAAUUGUGGGAACUUUGAAAGGGUUUGAUCAAACUAUCAAUUUAAUUUUGGAUGAGAGCCAUGAGAGGGUAUACAGCAAUACUGCAGGAGUGGAGCAAGUGGUUCUUGGACUUUAUAUCAUCAGAGGUGAUAACAUAGCUGUUAUAGGUGAGGUGGAUGAUGAUGUAGAUACUGGUCUUGAUCUUCCUAACAUCCGAGCUGAUCCUCUUAAUGCAGUCAUCCACUGACAUGAGCUGUCAAUAAUAAACUAAUACUGCUUCCUGACUGCUUUACCUGCAAUUAGGACAGAAACUGAAACUUUAUGAAAGACCGAUUGAAGGCAGUGUUCUGAGGAGAAUGAGUAGAUCUUCAUACGAUUAUCAUCUAGACACGACACUGACUAUGCUGUGCCUAUUUGCUUGGGAAUCAAGAUUUCUUCUGGUCAUGAAUGAUGAGUUGGAACCUGAGCUAGUGACUGAACACUAAAGCUGACUGUUUUAUGGCACAGACAUAGUUCUUGCACAGGAUCUGCUACUGCCCUGAACAGUAAAUAAGUGUUAACGUCUUUGUGUGAUUUCUUUUUUAAUCUGAAUUCCUCAAAAUUGACACUUCCAUAGUAUUUCCAACUGACAUGUUGAGUACAAUAUCACUUACAUUAUUUUUUUUUGAUGAAGAAUGUGGAAUUACUCAGAAAGAAGAUUGAGUUGAAAAGUUUCUAUGGACAGGAUUAAGAAGAACCUCUUUGUGUUUAGAUUAUUUAUUAAAAAUCAAUUUUAGUUGAAAUAUUAUCUUCAAGGCAGGUAUUAAGUUGUGAUGCCCCCACCCCAUUUAAUGUACCACUAUUAUUAAAUGCACAAAGAAAACACUGAUUUAAUUACUUUUCCAUGCAAAGUCUCAUGCAGCUUUUGAGGCUAUACAAACUAAUUUUCAGUAUUGGUGUUCAUAAUAAAUCAUAAGUGAAUAACAAGAGUUAUCAUGAAAUCAUCCUAUUUAUUUUUUAGGAAAGAUCAGAUUUACAAUUUUGUUAAUAAAAUGGAGCCAUUAAAGGUUGGAUUAUGCCAUUUCACAGCCUUUGUAGGAUUAGAAUGUGUUGCAUGUAUGUUACUUCCAUACUGCAAGUGCAUUCUGUUUUUUAUUGUUUACAUGUACAUGUAGCCUGUGGAAAUAUUUUUUUUCUUUUAAUUGUUGCUUAAUUUUCAGUAGGCCUAUGUAUUUUAAGAAAUGAAUAUAAAAUCAAAUAUGUUGCCAAGAUCAAGAUUUUGGAGCUCGCAAUGUAAUUCCUUUAAAAUGGUAUUGGUCUGACUAUGAUAUGCUAGAUAGUAAAGUCUUGAUAAGAUUAAGUGGGACAAGUAUUGAAUAUGUGCAUUAACAUGACAUCUUUGAAUUGAGAUUUUGGUCCAAUGAACCAAAAUUUCAAACUUGUGACAUAGCAUACUUUGCACUUUCAUUAAUCUUUUUUGGUCUACAGUAGGUAGGACCCCUUAGCCAUUUG